AUGGGUAAUAUUAUAACGGAUACGAUAAUUAUAACCUCGGAUAAGUGCGACAUUGUUGAUAAUGAUAAUGUUGAAAGAAUCCAGGUUUGGCUAUCCAAGAAUAUCUUAAGGAAGUUUCAAAUCAAUGAAAAUGAACCACUACAGUUGAUUAUUUUGAAAAGGUUUAAAAGAAUACUGUUGAUCUGCCCCAGUCAUGAUAUAUCUCAGCAUGUUAUGGAUGCGUCUCGUGCUUUAGAAAUGGAAAAUUUUAACUUCAGCUACUCCUUGCAAGACGGACAAAGGAAUUUAACUAAACAAUACUUGAAGGUACCAGAGAGUGAAAAAAUGUUCCUGAUAUCGCCCCCAGCAUCACCACCUCCCGAAUUCGAUUUCAGCAAAUGUGAGGAUGCGCCACAAAGGCAUAUACAAAGUCAUAUACAACAGGACCAGCAGCAGCGGUUGGAAGCUAGCCAACUAUUGCCUAAUAAUCCAGACAAAAAUAACAAUGGUACUUUCACGUUAUUGAAAUCAAAGGUGGGCGCAAUUACCAUUGAUAGAUGUCCCACGAACGAUGGAAAUGGACAGAUGCAAUUAGCGGACCACGUUAAAACCGCUUUCCCACCAAAAUCUAUAUUCGAUACUGAUGACGAUGAUUAA